GGGUUUUACGUUAUUACAAUUACAUUUAUCAUUAUUAGAAUUCUGCUGUCUGUGUUUGUGUGUGUGAAAAAAAAUGGAAGAAGAAACAGCAAUUGAAGAAAAGCUGACUUUAGUAGCAAGAAAAGAAUGCUUUGGUUUACCAACUGCUUGCCCUGCUUCUUUACCUGUUUACCUUUACCUCAAAUUCUCUAAAAUUCCUUUUCAUUUGGCUUACAAUCUCACUUUUCCUGAUUCUGAUCAAAUUCCCUAUGUUGAUUGUGAUACGUAUGUUGCGUACAACAACGAAAGGUGUGGCGUGAUUGAAAGUUUAAAAGAAGAUGGCAUUGUUAAUCUGGACAAGGAGGUGCAAAAUCUUCCUGAAUGGGUAUCGGCGAUUGCAAUGAUUAAUUCAUGGCUUUCAGAUGCGUUGUUGUAUGAAUUAUGGAUAGAUUCAGAUGGAAGUUGUGCGGAAAAGAUCUAUUACUCUGACUUGCCAUGGCCAAUAGGAAAGGUUCUGUAUUGGAAGCAAGUGCAUAAUGUGAAACAUUUACUAUGUAUAUCUAAUGAUAAUGCUGAAAGAAGGAAAGAAGAGAUAUAUAGGAGAGCUACCAUUGCUUACCAAGCUUUGUCAACUAUGCUGGGUGAUGAGUCCUUUUUCUUUGAUAACAGGCCAACUAGUUUGGAUGCUAUGUUUCUUGGGCAUGCACUUAUUGUACUUAACGCAUUACCGGAAGUAGGAUCAGUGCUUCGAGGUAAACUCUCUGAACAACGUAAUCUUGUGACGUAUGCUGAAAAACAUAAAACAGAACUUCUAGAUGCUGGAUCGUCGUCUUCAGACCCAUCAUCAUCAUCAUCAGCAGCAGCAGCGUCUAUACCAAGACGAGGACCUUCAAACCCGAGUUCAAAACCCAGGAGCCAACCUAAAAAGGAGAGGACAGAAGAAGAGAAAAGUUUCAGAAAAAAGGCGAAAUAUUUCUUGGUCACUCAGGUUGUUGCAGUUCUCGUGUUUCUUAGUAUAUUUAGUGGAUCUGAUGAUGCUGAAGUGGACGCGGAUGGUGAUGAAGGCUUCGAUUAAGAUAACUAAACACGAAAAUCCUCUAUUGUUGGCACAACCAUCUUUUUGAUUUGCCAUCUAGCUCAUUUCCUGAUAUGUGGAAAAUUUUGAAGACCUGCACAUAUGCAACUUCUUUGAUCUGAGCUGUCAAAAAAAUAGAUGAGAUAAAUUGAAGCAGAGUUUGCUUCUAGUUUUCUAAACUCUUGGUAGCUCAUCAAAAUUGCGUACUUUUGAUCAUCAUUUUGUAGUCUUUUUAUAUGCUAAUGUCGUACAAACCAGA